GUCUGGCCAAUGCCACAUUUGAGGAGCAGGAUGCAGUUGAAUUCACAGCAAAUACGUCCGUCACCAGAGCUCUUCACAGCCUCCGCCUGGACUUCAGAACGCGGGACGAUGAUGCUGUCUUGAUGCAAGCCGUGGAGGAAGUGGAUUCUCUUCUGGUGGCUAUUCAAAACUCUUCGCUCCUGGUUGAAAUCCGGAGUGGGAAUGGAGUCGAGGGAGCAAACCUUCUCAGGCCCGCACCCAUCUCUGAUGGCUCAUGGCACACCCUCUUGUUGACCAUGGAAGAGCCCUCGGCCUAUUCGUCAAGGUGGCACCUCCAGUUGGAUGAUUCCACCAAUACAACCCUCCUGGGAAAUGCGGGCAACCUGGAUUUCUUAAAAAGCAACACAUUUAUUGUCUUGGCUGAAAACUUCACGGGUUGCCUCGGUCAUGUAGACAUCGGGGGGCUGCUUUUGCCCCUGGCCAGCCACCCUCUUUACCCACAGCCGGAACAAUUCGUUCAGGUGUCCAGCAGGCCCCUCCUUCUGGGCUGCCGGGGAGAAGACGUCUGUUCUUCCAAUCCGUGUCACCACAAAGGCUCCUGCUUGGACCUCUUCAAUGCCUUCAGUUGUGCCUGCCAGCCUGGGUGGGAAGGGCCGCUGUGUGAGACCAACACGGACGACUGCAAAUCCAGCCCGUGUCUUCACGGCGAGUGCAAAGACCUGGUGGGAGACUUCCAGUGCGUCUGUCAGAAGGGUUUCAUCGGGAAACGUUGCCACAUCAACGUAGAUGACUGCGUGAGGCACCAGUGCCAGAACGGAGGGAUCUGUGUGGACGGCGUCUACAGCUACUCCUGCAAAUGCCCGCCAGAAUACUCUGGCCCCCUCUGCGAGUGGCCCUUCCCUCCUGAACAAUGUGGCAAGAACUUCACCUGUUUGAACGGUGGCGAAUGCAUGAGUGGCCCCUGGGGAGCCAACUGCAGCUGCAAGACUGGCUACACGGGCGUGAAGUGCCAGAUCAACAUCAGUGACUGUGACCCCAACCCCUGCAAAAACGGGGGGACGUGUCAGCACUCCACGAAUCAUUUCUGGUGUAUCUGCAGUGCCAACUACGCUGGAGAAUAUUGUGAUGUCAGUAGAGGAAGCCUCCCAGGCUCCGCCUUUCCCUUCCCCUUGGUCGAAGUGGCAGUGCCGGUCGUCUGCAGCUGCCUGUUCCUUCUCAUCAUCAUCCUCGUCCUGAUGAUUCUCACCGCCAGGAAGAGGCGCCAAUCCGAGGGAACCUACAGCCCGAGCCAGCAGGAAGUGGCCGGAGCUCGCCUGGAGAUGGACAGCGUCCUCAAAGUCCCACCAGAAGAACGUUUGAUAUGA